CCCUCACACAUGUUAUAAUAGGUUUCAGCUUAGCGAUGAGGUUUACUACACCAUUCGCCAUCUCCAGACCCCUUAAACAUCACACUUCUCUGCUUCAUACUUGGCGCCAACAAUCAAAGUAGAUUGAACCCCCUUCAGCUUCAUCUUUUCUUCUCAGGAGAUGUCAAACCGGCCAGAGUUAAAAGCACCACCUGAGAUAUUCUAUGAUGAUGAAGAGGCUUGCAAAUACACUUCAUCCUCUCGUAUAAUUGAAAUUCAGUCACAACUUUCAGAGAGAGCUCUAGAGCUUCUUGCUCUGCCUGAUGAUGGAGUCCCAAGACUGCUUCUUGAUAUUGGUUGUGGAUCAGGUCUUAGUGGGGAGACUUUAUCUGAGAAUGGGCACCAAUGGAUUGGUUUAGACAUUUCACCAUCAAUGCUUAAUAUUGCAUUGGAGCGGGAGGUUGAGGGUGAUUUGUUACUUGGAGACAUGGGUCAGGGUUUAGGUUUUCGCCCUGGAGUUAUUGAUGGGGCUAUCAGUAUAUCUGCUGUUCAGUGGUUAUGCAAUGCUGACAAGUCUUCUCAUGAGCCACGGUUAAGAUUAAAGGCUUUCUUUGGAUCACUGUAUACAAUCUUGGCAAGGGGAGCAAGAGCAGUGUUUCAAGUAUAUCCUGAAACUGUAGCACAACGUGAGUUGAUAUUAGGUUCAGCAAUGCGAGCUGGGUUUGCUGGUGGUGUCGUCAUUGACUACCCACAUAGUUCCAAGAAAAGAAAAGAAUUUCUAGUCCUCACUUGUGGUCCACCAUCCAUACGUUCUGAGGUUCCUAAGGGAAAAGUUGAUGACAUGGAAAGUUGCUCUGAUGAUGAGAGUAGUGAAGAUGAAAAUCAGACAGUAAGCAUUUCAGACCGACAUAGGCCCAGGAAAAAGCAGAAAAUAAACAAGAAGAAAGGGAAAGGUAAAGAAUGGGUGCUUAAGAAAAAGGAACAAAUGAGAAGAAAAGGAAAUGCUGUGCCCCCAGAUACAAAGUACACAGCUCGAAAACGGAAGGCACGCUUUUGAUACUUUUCAACAGAUCAAAGCAGGAAAGCUUGCUCUACUUUGCUUGAACUCUCAGCUAGUACUGAAGCGUUAUGCUGCUGUGCAUUUUUUAAGCCCUGAUGAAGUUCGGUCUUAUUGAGCCGGCAUUAAAAUGUUGUUCUAGUGAGGUGAGUGCAUGAAGGUUGAAGCACAUUUUUGUUACAUAUUUUUUUGGGUAAUUAAUUUUUGUUAUCCUUUUGAGGAUCUUAGGUAACUUUGUUGCAAUGGGUUAGGAAAUAAUAGUUAUUUGAAUUAUGGUAAUAUUUGUCUAGCGUUGGUAAUUUUGUGCUUGAAUUAUACAUAGAAUAGAAUGUAGAAUGAGCAUGACAUAUUCCUUUCA